AUGAAUUUACUGAUUGGCUCGUUUCUUAUAGUCACACUGUUAAUAAACGGUAAUUUGGGGGAUAAUCGAAUAAGUGCUUGUCCAGGACUUCCAUUAGAAUCAUGUGAAUGUUUUCAACGAUUAUAUGAGAGACAAAUCGAAAUUUUAAAUAUGACCGAUAUAGUUGCUCGUAAUUGGGCAAUUAAUCUUUGGUAUCAAGACAUCAGCCAUUCCUUUCAAAAAAUGCUUGAAACUGCUCCAGAUAGUACACGAGGUUUACCUGCCAUUGGUAUAUGGACAUCAAUUGCGUCUUGGUCAUCACAUGCUGUUGGAUUUAGUCUUCGUCAACAAUCAAUUCCCGAAUUAUGGACCUAUGUUAUUCGUAAUUUACCACAGUGGAUGCAAACUGUUCUUGAUAGAAUCCCAUUUAAAUUAGUUGAAUUGUUAUUUCAACAAAUUCUUGAACAUACCGCUGUUGCACUUGGGGAGGGAAAUCGAGUGAUUUUCAAUGAUAUUGCUGCUCCUUAUUCACGUUACGGAAUUGAAUUCUGUUCAGGCAAAACAAAACCCGAUGAUACACGAUUAAUCGAGUUUAUUCAAAAGUAUGUGUGUGAAGAUGGUGAAUGUAGUUUAGCAAAAGCAUUUCGUGCACUUUUCAAAGCACAUUUCGGAAGAGAUGAAUCAUUAUCAUACACUGAACGUGAUCAACUUCUUCUUGUUCAAAGUAUGUAUGCAGGUUUAGCAGAACAGACUCAUGUUGAUCCAUAUAUCAAUGCAUCUCUUCCUGGUUAUACACUGAUUAAUAGUAUUACAACUAAACUUAUGGUACAUAUUAUUGUUGGUUCACAUCGUAUCUUAGCGGAACAGAAUAUACCUUCAGGUACACAUAAUGGAUCAGACUUUUCACCUUAUCUAUCAACAUUAACACUACCAGAAGCACGUGAGGUUAUGUCGAAAAUGUUGAAUUCUUCAACACUCGGACUAAAUCAUACAGCUGCAAACGAUUGGAAUAGUUUGGCACAACGAAUGCGAUUUGUUGCACCACUCUUUUGGGUAUUUCAAGAUCAUGAAGACAUGAAUUGUUAUAUGUACACUGCCGAACAAGAACUUCUCAUUCGUACGAAUCAAGCUCAUCAGAUGGAUCAUGGUUCAUGGUACCGAUUGUGUGACAAGGAUUGUUGUGCUGCCAACGGACGAUGGAAUGGAAAUUAUUAA